GCAGAUAAUGAAGUCACGAGAUGCAGCUGUUCUGUACAUUCUCGUAGCAUUUCGCUUCGUCAAUGCUCUCUGCGUGCGCACAUUCUUCCAACCAGAUGAGUAUUUUCAGGCUUUAGAGCCGGCGUGGAGGAUAGCUUUUGGAAGUGAUAGUGGAGCUUGGUUGACUUGGGAAUGGCAUUAUCAACUUCGCUCUUCGUUGCACCCUGCCCUGUUCGGUGGUGUAUACAUCGUCCUGCAUAAUAUUUUGAAGCUUCUGCAAGCAAGCCCUGAAAUCUCUGCGGCACUCUUGGUGGCUGCGCCCAAAGCAACCCAAGCCGUCUUUGCUGCUUUGGGGGAUUACUAUACUUGGAAGCUAGCCUUGCAAAUAUAUGGCAAAUCUGGGGGUAUUGCUUCCGCCGCUCUUUGGUUGACUGCCUUGAACCCGUGGCAAUGGUAUUGCUCUACUAGGACAUUUUCAAAUUCUAUUGAGACCACCUUGACGAUCAUGGCUCUUUAUCACUGGCCUUGGAGUCUACUCAGGGACUCCAGUGGGAAAGAUCAGGAUGCCAUGAAAAGUUCCACUUGGUCGACCUUGCGAGAAUCACUGCUGCUCGCAGCCAUAGCCGUGGUGUUGAGGCCAACGAACCUCCUUGUAUGGAUUGCGAUUCUCACCAUCACCGUGACCAGACUCACUCUAGAUGGGAGUUCCCCACUCACUACAGGAAGCCUUGUCAGUCUCAUGGUCAACAUAAUCUUCAGUGGACUCUCGGUCUUGGCUGUAUCUGUGCUGGCUGAUCGCUUCUAUUUUGGAUUUUGGACAUUCCCUCCUCACAACUGGCUUCACUUCAACCUGUCGCAGUCCCUUUCUCUCUUUUAUGGACGCAAUGACUGGCACUACUAUCUUUCUCAAGGCAUCCCGCUGCUCACGACUACAUGCCUUCCGUUUGUCUGCAUGGGGCUGUGGAAGUCGACAGGGCUCGCCCCAGUGCCAGGGCUGACGGUAUCUCAGUCGAACGCUGUCAAGACUCUAUCCUUUGCUGUGUUCUCUCUGGUGGGAGCAUUGUCGACAAUAUCACACAAGGAGGUCCGGUUCAUUUACCCGCUUCUUCCUAUCCUCCAUGUCAUAGCCGCACCUUAUGUAUACGCCUUCUUCACUAGCCACAAGGCUACUUCACCCUCCACCGAGAAGAAGUCUGCCCCCUCGAAACCAUUACUUAGACACAAAUACAUCCUAGGCGGGUGCUUAGCGAUCAACAUCAUCAUCGGGGGCUAUCUCUCCGCAUUCCACCAGCCAGCUCCGCUCUCGGUUUUGCACUUCCUGCGCCACGAGUACGAGCGCGUCCACCCCGACAGUCUAGUGCUUGGGCAAACCACUCCCUCAUCAGGGCACACGGCGCCUCUCGCACCAACUGAUAACGGUACAGCCACGGACAACACGAAUCGCCACCGGGACAAGGAGCUCUUCGCCCUCUUCCUUACGCCCUGCCACUCGACCCCCUGGCGCUCACACCUCGUCUACCCGGGUCUGCACGCCCGCGCGCUCACCUGCGAGCCCCCGAUCCACACCGAGCCGGGCUCCCGCGAACGCGACGAGUACCUCGACGAGGCCGAUAGGUUCUACGCCGACAAGGCCACCUUCCUGGCGACCGAGAUGUGGCCCCAGGACAAGAACGCCCGCCAGCAGCUGCUGCUGCCGAGGUACAUUGUCGGCUUCGAGGGCAUCGAGGAGGACCUGCGGCGAUUCUUCGACAGGAAGAACGGCCGAGGCGCGGGGCUCGGGGUCGAGCUCCGCAGGGUCUGGGAGGGUUGGAACGGCUUCUUCAACGAGGAUGCGCGGAGGAGAGGGCUCCUGGUUGUGUGGGACACUGGGGUUUUCUCAGCGUGA